UCCCGACCUAAUGCUGUGACAGCAUCUCCGGCCAGGAAUAUCUGAGCCAAGUGCUUCCCUCGCCGGGAAGCAGGCACAGAAAGAUAUCACACGUUCCAGGUCACGAGGUAGCUUUUGGAUCUGAUUUUUGUGCCAUCCCCAGAGCAGAUUAUGGCUCCCGGGAGAAAUCUUAAAUGUGUAUUUCUAAGUGAAAGAAACCAAGAUGAAAAGGCUGAAGCGUGAGUGGCGGCACCCCAGAGCAGACGAUAGCUUCCGCCCGACGCCGAGCGCCAAGAGGGGGCAUGCGGAGAGCGAACGACCUACGACAGCGGGAAGGAGGUCAGUGCGUGCUCGGCUGGUCCCAGUACCGCUGCCCAGGCCGGACGGAUAACUACACUUCCCGGCAGGCCGCGCGGUAUCUGGGGGCGGGACCUAAAGCGGAAGUGCUCGGAGGAGUGCGUCAUUUCCGCGGCGCGGCUGGGCUCACGUUCCGUAGUCGUGAGGCCAGGUAUGGCGGCGGCUUCCGGUCCUGGACGACGGAAGUGACGCAAGCGGUGCGCCGCAGGGAGGAGGUCGCGAUGAGCCGCGUCCUGUGUGCGCCCACUGCAGGGGCCAUACGGGCACUCAGGCUUGUGGGCUUGGCUCCACGGAACCUGCACCCGCCGCCGGCUGGCCGGGCCCAGCCCGCGGACCAUGAGGAGGACCCGGAACGCCCCCUUCGGUUUUCCUCCAGCAAAGCCAGCCCGUCCCGCUGGACCGUGAUGCAUUCCCUGGGGAAGGAACAGCAGCGGCCCUGGUGGAAGGUGCUACCCCUCAGCCUCUCCCUCCUGGCUCUGGUCUCCUGGUGCUUCCUGAGGCAGGAGAGCGGCGCGGAUCAGUGGUUGAGACGCGUGCUGGAAAUAGAGGGGCCUGAGCCCGGAGACGCCCCCGAGGAGCCCGGCGCGCGGGCCGCCUACCCGGCGAGAGCCUCGGGUGCCGGCUAAAGGACUCGCGCUCGUGGCGCUGACUUGCGUGAAGGCAGCGGGAUGUCGGCAGGAGCCUGCUCCUUGUCUAACACCGUUGCGCAGUGAUUGCGUCCUAAAGACUUCUCAGAUCCACGGGGAAGGUGUUGGCCGCAUUGUGUGCCGCUGGAUUUGGGAUGUCUUUGUACAGCCUAGUCAUGGCGCCAAAGCAGUCCUGGCGGAUACUUGUAAUCCAGUGUUACUUUGCAGACCAUGUGCUUUCUGAAACACUAUAACUGACAUGAGUGUUAGAACGUGCUACGCGUAAAGAACAUCUGUUGGUGUUAGUUUUAUAUACUAACAAAUUGAAAAUACAUUUUAAUACAAUGAUGCACUAAGGCGA